CGCGAGACCCGGAGGCUCCCCGUGGGAGAGUUUUGCUGGACAUUCUGGAGGCCGGCGCGCUCAUAAAGGAAGCAGGAGCUCGUCUGGAAGAGAAAUGAGUCGGGACCCGCUGCAAAGCAAGCCUGCUAUAGGGGAGGACAUUCCGGAACUGGGAUGUAAGGAGACUUUUCUGUCCGCGGCCUUCCGGACUCGUUUAGAUGAGGAACCCGCCCUGGUUACCCGGGUAACAGGAGUCGCGGUGGGACCCGGGAGCAGAGCAGCCUGUUGCACCCCUAAUCAUGGAGACAUCCUCAAAGGGUCUACUGUCCCAGCUUACUCAAUUCUGGAACCUCCUAGAUGAUUUAGCUGAAAAUGACCCUGAGUGUUAUAAGAACUUCAUUCAACAAGAACUGAAAGAGGGGAAAGAGCUCUCUGCUGGCCCAGAACCACAGCUUUGUCUAAGGACCAGGAUUCUCAAACCAAAAGAAAAACUACUUUAUAUCAACCUGUGUCAGUGGAAAAGGAUCCCUGCUCCCCAGUCAGCUACUCACCCAGUACCUAUAAGUGUUGGCAGACCAGAAGAUAUCUCUGAGGCAUCAGAUGCUUAUACAGUCAUCAAUGUUGCUUACAACCCUGGGGUUCUACAGGAAGCAGAAGAGGACCAAGUGCAAAAAGAUCAGUUAAUCAGGAUGGCCAUGGAAUGCAUCGAGCAGAGAUUCGAGAUCACCCUCUCGCACUCUUACCAUGUUACCAAAUUUAAAAUGAAAGGAAGCAUUCAAAGAAUGAAGCAAAAUCUGAUGAGACUAAAGACUAGUGACUUCACAGACUUAAGAGAGAAAAUGAGGAAGGAAAAUACUCUUGGAGAAAUAAGAACCAGUGCUGUGAGCAGUCCAGAUCACUGUCCUCAAUUGUUGCUGCCAAAAGACCAAGUUUCAGGCAAACCUCUUAUAGAGGAGCUUUCUAGCACUGAAAUCCAGGCGGACAUGAAGAUUCCAGCCUAUAAAUUAAAAAUUGCAAAGGAUCAGAAUGACAAACCUCUGAAAAUUGAAUUGAAAGUUGAAUUACCUGGUGUUAAUUCAGCCUCUCUCUGUGACCUUCAUGUUUCUGAGGAUGAUUUACUAAUCAUGGUCUCGGAGAAAUACCAAUUACACCUGAAUCUUCCAGAAUCUGUUGAUACUGAAAUGACGACAGCAAAAUUUAUCAAAGACAAGUCUACAUUAAUCAUCACAAUGCCAUUGAAAACAACAGCUUGAUGUUUUGGAUUUUUAAUUUUUAUUUUAAGCAAUUUCUUUUAUAUUUUUUCUGUAUGAGAUCAUACAAAUUACAAGGCAAGUACUCUGUCACUUGAACCACAACUCCAGCCCAAAUUCCGUAUUUUCUAAGAGAUCCCUUUGACAGAAAGAUUUAUCCCUUCAGCUGAAACUACUUUUAACUACUUUUUCUCCUCAGUUUUGAUAUUAACCAGAAACUUUGAAAGAGUAGGAUUUCAAAAAAUUAGUUAUUUAUCUUAUAUAUACUCCGAUCAAUCCUAAGACAUGUCAUUGGAAAAAUUCUAAAGUUGUUUUAAGGAACACAUGGGAACUCUUGGUUUGCUACUUAAAAAAAAAAAAAAAAAAAAAAAAGAUCUCUAGCAUUUUUCAUCAGAAAAAAAAUCCCAGACCUACAGAAAGUUUGCUAUCACCAGGAUGGGCUGUAGCAAUAAGCUUCCUCCAGCAUUUAACACAUAGGACCAAUCUGCUUCUAGGAAACUACGUUUCAAUAAGACAGCUCUGCCAUGAGUCUGAUUUUAACAUCAGUAGGACUUUUCUGUGAACUGGAUACAGUACAGCAAUUGAUGUUUUGGCACAACAUAUGCAAAUUUGAGCUAAUUUGGGACAAGUACUUUUCUCCUAGAGAAAUUAAUGGUACACUGCUCAGCUUCCAUCUCCUGCAAGGUGUCAAAGACAAAUGUACCAUCUAUCCAAUUUACCUCCCAGGGUAGCACAAUACACAUCACACUUUAAAUAUCACUUUGCCUUUUCUAGGUUAAAAAAAUAACUUUCUUAUAAUUAUUAAUGUAUACUUCAACAUAAAAUUUAUAAAUCAAGCCUUUAGGAAGUAAUGUUCAUGUAUAAUAGAAUAAUUUAUGAUAUAUAAAAGCAAAUAAAAUCUUAAACCUGACGUA